AUGGGGAAGCAUUUGAAAAACGAGAAUCCGAGUCACAAAUCAGGCUGGUUGGCUGGAAUGCUUCAUGUUCUUGACUUUCACCAUUGGAGAACUAAGAAUCGACCACUCUGUUGGAAGACUCCAAGAACCCAUUCCUUGGUUCGUGAAACUGAUGAACAGGAACCUUUUCUUGAUCCUAAGAGUGGAGAUUCAAAGAUGCCAACUAGACUGUCGAAGAAGAUGAUGACAACGAAGCAAGUAACAGAGUAUGUUGAUUUUCUUGAAAUCUUGAGAAAAGAAGAUGUGUUUGUCAAGAUACUGAGAGAUCCGAAUUCGAAGUUUGGGAAGCAAGUGCAGAUCAAGUCUAAUCCAAGAGUAUUGCCCAAGUCAGGCUCGUUUCCUCUCUCGGGUUCUUCACGUCCCGCUAGGAUCGAACACAAGCAGAAGGAAAAUUGGUACGCUCCAAAGCAGAACGGUGCAGUUUUGACUUUGAAUGUUCCAAGAGGCGAUUCUCAAGAACACAAAGCAAUCUUGCCUUCUCACGGCUCGGCUGAUGAUCAUGGAUUUAAUCACGCGGUGAUAAAUGGAUUCAGAGAAAUCAAAAAGUUGCUCAAGAACGCAAUUAAUGACCGAAAGCACACAAAGAAGAAUAAGUAUUCGGCUGUCUCGAAAGAUGGUUCUGUGGGGAGAUAUUCUCAAAUCUUGGAACAGAGUUUUAGAAGAACAGGUGGUGAAUUGCGUUCUAAGAGCUUAAGACUUUCAUAUGAAGAUAAAAAGAGCGAUCCGAGCAAUGAUAACAAACCACAAUUCUUCAGACGGAUUUCGUCAUUGUCCAGUCUUGAAGUUCUUGGUUCAUUUCUGAGCGACAUGCCCCGAGACAGUUCUACUUCUAAUCUAGAAACUAGGAAACCUUUAGAUCAAGAGACUGACGUUGGACCCAAGAAAUCUUUAUUAGUAUCUGAAUCUCCGGUAAGAACAGUGGAUGAGGAGCAAGAUGAGAGAAGCCAUGAAAACCAUUUAGACAGCUCAAACCAAAGGAUCCUGCAACAAGAUCCAGAUUCUGUUCCUAGUACCGGUUCUUCGGACAAUACUGCACAACAAAAGACAGAGACUUUACUCUCACAAGGUUUAGGUCUAUGUUCCAUUGAUAUUGACAACCAUAAAGAAGAAGAAGAAGAAGACGCUUGCUUCGGUUUUGUAAAGAAGGUUCUAGAACUUUCAGGUUUCCUCGAAAACGAACACAAUGGAGAAAAGUGGCACUCAGAGGAACAACCACUGAAUCCAUCACUGCUCUACGAACUCGACAUACAAGAAGAAGAAGAAGUGAACAAAGAGCUUCUCUUUGAUUUGGUUAACGAAGCAAUCGCUGACACUCACAACCAAUCACACAUCUAUUUCCCUAAGACAUCCUCUUUUGCAUUUCCGUACGGGAAACGUUUUCUUGAUGAGGUAUGGGGAAGAGUUGAGUGGAGCCUCUCUGGAUUGGGAGCUGAGAACAGAGAUCGUUCACUGGACGAUAUUGUGGGAAGAGAUCUUACAAAGGGUGAUGGAUGGAUGAAUCUUCAAGCUGAAUCUGAAUGGCUGACUCUUGAGCUUGAAGAUCUGAUUUUUGAUGAACUUUUAGAUGAACUGAUUUGUGUUUGUUAG